UUAUUUAAUUAAUUUUUAUUUUAACACAAACGUAUCAAAUUAGGUAUACUUUUUUCCAACUAAUCGUCAAAUAAUGGAGUUUUUUUACAAUAAUUAUUACUUCCAUUUGUUAUUGUCAAAAUAAAUAGUAAAUUUUUUUUUUUCAAAGUGGUCGAAUCUGGGACGUUUACCUUACAUGAGCGCAGGCUUCAGUUCGCAACCUGGUCGACCGGGUUGUCCUGCGUAUCGCAACACGGCGAAAAUGUCGUCGAACGGGCGCUCGUCGAUCGGCGAGAUUGCGGCUCGGAUUGGCCGCCGUCGCCGGCGGGAUCGCAUUUAAGCGCGUGCACGUGGCCUCGUGGAUUUAAAUCCGAUCCCCUUCGGUUAUCGCCGUCCAUCGCGCGAUCAGUGGCCUCCGAAAUUCACCGACACAAUGGACCCAUCCGGAUGGACGCUGUAUUUUCAUUUCGGAUUAGACGGGAGCGCGCGGCCGCGAAGCGCUCAUCGGAGAGCGCGCGGCGCGGCGGAGAGUCGCGAAGAAGAAACAAUUCCCCGUGUUUAUUAAUUUACUUCGUCGCCCGGCCAGCGUUUAAAUGACAAUCGCUGCGCCUACGCGUCGGGAUCCUGCGUUGCGCAGCGUGGGAAAACGAAGCCGGCGGUUCUCUGCGCAGGAAAGAGCGUCGCAGAUGGAACACGAUAACUCAUCGUGCGAUUCGACGUGCCCUCGCCGUCCAAUUUCAGGUCUUCUCUAAUUAGAAAGACCUAAUGGACGAGGCGCGAGAACAUCCGCACGCUGCCGCGCUCAUCUUUCUGUUCUUCUAACGGGGCUUUGUUUAUUGGCUGGUCGAAGCUGCGUUAAAAGCAGCCACCAAGCGGCCCGCAAUUUCGACCCGUUUCGUAAUUUCUUGUGAAAGUUAGCAGGACUUUUAUACAACGACGCGUCUUGCGUUUUCAAUGGACGUCGAAAUAAAGUCCGACGUAUUUCUCCAGGAAGCCGUUAUUUUUACCGCUCCGCUAUGAAAUCGGUAGCGAUAAACGUCGGCGGUUGCAGCGUCAAGGCUCUCGUGAGUACUCAGUCGAGUACAAAUUAAUUAUUACAGCCUAUCGCUCGCGCAAGGACGUAGUCGGCGCCAUUAUCCUCCCGCAAGGAAUUGCUCGCUACCGACGUCUUCGCGUGAGCUCUUGCGGAGCUUAUAAUUAAUUUGUUUAUUAGCUCGCCGACGAUCGCCCUCGGCGGUUGGGUUUCCGCGACGAUCGAUGCGGCCGGGCCGCGCGGGCGAAUUCUGCGCUGCCGAGCCGGCGAGCGAUUUUCACGCGUCGAGAAGACACCCGCUUUGCGCGCUCGAACGCGCGACUACUUUCGCCGCGAAAUUACCGCGCGAACGCCGCGCGAGGUGACUCGGCUGCGAGAGCAUAUUGCCGGCGUAACCGCGGUGCGUUAUUAAAUGUUAUUAUCUCCGCGCACGUAAUAAGCGCGCCGGCAAUCAGAUCCUGUUACCUGUUACGGCUCGCAUAAUUACAGGUCUGCCCGGCGGGGCCAAAUGUCGCCGAAGCGGUAACCCGGCAGCAACCCUUCGCGCGCGACGUCGCGGCCGCACGUGGCUCGCACGUGCGGCCGACUCCUUUUCUAUUACGAAGACUUAACCCGCUUAUCCGUGAUUCCUGGCCGAUGUGCUCUUCGCCGUUAGCGCCGAUUAGCGUCGGCAGACGCGGGCGACGCGACGCAGCGAACAAACGUCAAGAGUGACACUCCGGGCGAGCGGCGUUUUUCACUCUUCAAUUUUGCUUCCGGGGGUUUUUUCUUUCUAUCAGUCCUAGCUAUUCGCAAGCAUUUUUCACUCUUCAAUUUUGGUCCCGAGUUUUUUUUUUUUUUUUUUUCUAUCAGUUCCAGCUGUUUGCGAGGACUGAUAAUUCGAUGAGUCCUUUGGAUUCCAUCUUGCAGAUUUCCCGGGGAGGGCAAAGAGAAAUUUAGUUCUUCUAAUAGGAUCGAAAAAGUUUCUUGCAAUUAUCAUGUAAUGUGAUGUAUGGACGGAUCGGUAUUUGCGCGAUUAUGCGCUCUACACGUUAGAAUUCGCACAUCAAGGGCAAUUAGAAAUCGAGAGCGGGCAUAAAGUGGAGUCAACGCGGCUCCCUUUGUUGCUUGACGUCGCAAGUGGUUUCGCUCGCGCAUUUGCCAGCAAUUUUCUUCGUGCCACGGCGGACUUUCGUUCGCGUCCGCCAGCUAAUUACGAAUUUACCUAGCCGCUAUAGACUAUACUUGAAAAUUCUGUUUCUGUCUGUGUGAACGUGUGAGACCUAUGAUGAUCAGUCGCGUGCGAGCGGCACUCGACGUCGAUAAAAACUUCGAACAUGCGAAAAUCGAAGGGGUCGCACGAAGCUCGACGCGCUUAAUUCGUUUUUAGUUCCGACAGUUGAGGAGAAGAAAUAUCUCGUUGCUUCACGUCGCCGUGAUUUCGUCCUUUUCCCUCGACGUUCCCUUGCUCCUGCGGAUCUGCGAACGUCCAUUCGCGACGCGGACCGACGAUGAAUUCAAACCGCGUUCGGCUUCGCCGUCUUCUUCCGACGAAACUUCACCUCGCGACAUUUUCGAGACGCGCACUUUCUCCCUCGUGCGAAGAGCACUUUUGAGAAAGCGUGGCUUCCGAUUGGUCGACGGUCGCGAUUCUGCCGCAACAACGUUCCAGGACGGUAUCUAGGAAUGAGAACAACAGCGUUCCUUAUCAGAUCGAUGAAGAGGCGGCACCGCUACCCCAGCAACCAAGGGGUAGGCAGGCUCUGCUGGCCGAGCGCUCGACGAAUGGGGUCGUAGCUGGGUUUUCAACCCCGCGAUGGCUUCCGCCUUGCUGUCGCUUUUCGAUUUUAGUUCAACGAGAGACCACCUGAACGAUCGGAACGGUAGGUGGCUUGCCGGGAGGCUGCGGAGGCCUUCGACUUCUUACGUUUUCGAACGGACAACAAAGUCGACGAAUGCAAGGGACGAAUUCGAGGAGGUCCCUUUUAUUUCCUAAGCGAGUCGCGACGCGCUUUUCUCGUGGACAACCUCGCGAGCAAACGUUGUGAUUGUUGGUGCAAUUGCGAAGUGGAACUUGAGGAAGGUACUUAGCACACCGUGAAGGACCCUGAAGUAAUCCUGAGGAACAUUCGCGGAUCCCGUAAAUCAAUCUAGUCGUCGAAUCGUGAUGAACCCGCCAGUUCUUAUCGAAUCAUCAAGUAAACUAACGAAAGAAUAUUCAAGUCGCAAGGUGAAUUGAGAAAACCUGGUAUAUCCUGCGAAGAACCCUGAAGGAGCUCGAAGGGAGCAUUCAACCUAGUCAUCGAAUCGUAGCGGCUUCUGCGAAGUUGCGUUGGUGAAGUGCAAUCUGGGAUCGGUAGAAUGUGAUGCUGAAGAGUGUUGCACUGAUGGACUGGUCUUGGGACGUUUCAAUGUCCAAGGCGAAGCACGACAAAAGGGUGCGACAGAGAACGGACAUUCUCGUGUGAAAGUCCAGCGAGAAGAUGCAGCCUGCGGUCGUCCCGGCGAUACUCGAACCUGCUCAUCUCGACGUCGCAAGCGGCACCGUUGGAUGCGAGCCGAGGCAUCCCGAGACGUGAGGCGGCGCGCUGGUUAACAAGUGUCUCGGCGAAUCUCGACACGUGUCCCGAAGAGCUCGGUCAAGGCACGUGCCGCUGUUUAGAAACAUUAGCGUGCACGCGUCGAUCGCAGCCCGCCACGUGCCGAUCGUAUCUCUCGAUCCCUGAAACGUGAUCGAGUGCGCGUAGGUGGAAUUUCGGCGGGCGCCGACGAAGCGUGUGAGCGGCGAUGUCAACGUCGCCGGGAGGGACUCCGAGUUUACUCGUGGAGACGCGAUAAUUAUUACCCCUGCUGACGCGAAGAACGAAGAAGCAACGGGAAGUGCCGUGGUGUCGUGGUGCGUGCCGUUCUUCCCCUCCUUCUGUAACGUCUAGUCGGAUAUUCUAGUCAUAUUUUCGUGAAUAUUCCCAUUCAUCUCGGGAGAGAGUUGAUUAGCACGUAUCUCGCAGAACGCCUCAUCAGCGCGAAGAAGAAUGAAGAUACGCGCGGCGCACUUAACAGGCGUCAGUUAAACUGGAGGAACUCCGAGAAGGAGAGCCUUGGCGGAUUUGAGAAGACCUCUUCUCGUCGGUAAGAAAUUCGAGUUCCGCGUUCGUCGCGCGAUCGACCGCGGGCAGCCGUGAGAGACGCGCGCGAGGCCUGUCGCGAACGAGCUGAGUCGAGGAGCGAUUGACUCGGGUCGCUAUGUAUUCCAUGGACAAUCUCGAGCGGGACAUGAUGAACCGGCAGUACAUGUACGAGGCGCACAGCUUCCUGGGGAACCCGGCGAUCCCGGCAUUGCCGCCGCACUGCGGCGUGCCCACCACGGCGACCUUGCCGGCGAUCCCGUCCGGUAGCACCGGCAGCACCAGCGGCAGUGAGCACUACUUAUACGAUGAGAAUAGCAGCGACAACGAGAGCGUCUACAGCAGCGAUCAGGAGAACCAUGCGAGAGAACGAAGUCGAAGUAACCGGCGUAGCGGCGCGUCGGGAAAAUGCCCGCGACAGGUGCAGGUGCAGCAGCGGCAGGCGGCGAACAUGCGGGAGCGCCGACGUAUGCAGAACAUAAACGACGCCUUCGAGGGCCUGAGGGCCCACAUACCGACUUUGCCGUACGAGAAGAGGCUGUCCAAGGUCGACACGCUGAAGCUGGCGAUCGGUUACAUCAACUUCCUCAACGAGCUCGUCAGGGCCGACAAGGGUAACGACCCGCUGACGGGGAACAGCGGCCUCUCGAGGUGUUCCAGCCGGGACGACUCUAAGAAGGUCAUAGUCCGUGGUGAGGCCAAUUUUAAUUACAGUCCUACCGGUAGUUCUCGAUUUCCGCUCCGCGGAGUACGAUUGCCUCCGCCGAUUGACGACAAUUUUCAGAGGAGAUCCUCAGGAGAGAAGAGAAAGACGCGGUCGUCCAUGCGCGACGAUUUUUCAGAUUGUUCGAUCGUUAGUGUGUUGCAUAUAUUUAUGAUUCGAAGUGUGGAUGGAAAGAUAUAUCGAGAACCAUGCCUGUACAUGUUUUGCACGAUGCGUCAAAGUGGCCGCGGCAAAGUGUCUCCCGCAAAGUUGAUGAUGUUUCACGCCGAAGCAUUCGUACGGAAUCGAGCCUCGCCGAAAUUCCGCCCCGGACUCGAUUUCAAUCGUAAUCCGCGUGAGAUUCAGUCUCGUGCGCGCAUACGCCUCGGCGCCGCGUUACACGCUACUUCGAUAUUAUGUGCAUAACAUAUUAACGUCGGGCCAACUACUUCCGCUCACGUGUGGAAUCAUAGAUCGAUUUAUCAUAAUUACCCAUCUACCCUUUACCCGAGACAGGUGUCUCCGGCGGACGAACGGGCUGCUUCGGGGUGAAGUCUUCGCGCGAGAGAGAGGCGGGGAGUUCAAAACAAAAAAAAAACGUACCGGACGUGUCGCACAAUAUUUACGUCGAGAUAAUAAUCCCCGAAAAAUGGCGGCGGGAGAAAAUCAAGGUGUCGCAAAGUUUCCCCCGCUGACCGGCACUUGCCGUUUUCGAGUGUCUCGAGUCGUACGACCGCGACUUCCCGGCUAAUCUCUCUGGAAUUGCGACUUUCAGGCAGCGGCGGGAACCCCUUCAUCUCACACUCGCUCUCGUGGUCGAGGAAGUCGGACAUCUCGCCGAACGGGAUGAUGUACGCGAAGGUCUGGACGCCGGAGGAUCCGCGAACGUCGAAAAACGGCACGACGUUCGAGUAGACGGCACCGCGGCGGCGGGUUUUCCGCUCUCGCGACAGGCGAGAGAGCAGCGUCGGGGACGUUUCCCAAUCCGCGUGUUAUUUAGUGUCUAAGGAAAAGCGUUUCUAGUCAUUCGACCUCGUCAAGCAAUGUAUCUCUUUGUACCUCUCCAUCAUCGAAGCAUCUCCGGGCUCGUCGCGCGACGAACGACCCAUCAAUAUUCACUCGUCCUCUCGCGAUCCUAUCGACGAGAAGGCGACUUGUUGAGCGACGAACGAACGCGCGUUCGCAUAUUCGCGGGCCAUUUUUACGAAACGUUCCGCACGGAGCGCGCUUGUAAAUAGGAAUCAUCGAAACGGACGAAUUGACAAGGGAUGAUGAUCACACCAUUUAUACGUAACUAUCGCGACGUAAGGAGUGAUGCGCGCAGCGACCAUCGUUAUCGCCACUGUGAAUAACAAAGCCAAAUAAAAGUAGUUCUGACGAAGCCGA